AUGAUCCACACCCUGCCGCUGCACCGGGCGGCGUACCUCGUGCUAUGCCUCUUUUCGACUGUGUCUUUCGCGAGAGUCUUCCUUACCAGACGGGAUGCUUUGACCUCCUGUCUCGCCGACGCCCGCGUCCCGUUUUCGGUCAAGAAUUCGACCGAGUGGACCCAAGACACCAAGCCGUACAAUCUUCGCCUGGCUUACACGCCAGCUGCCGUCGCCGUCCCGACGUCCAUUGACGAGAUCAAGGCGGCGGUUUCGUGCGGAGUCAAGAAUGGUGUGCGGGUGAGUGCCAAGGGCGGCGGCCACGGCUAUGGCUCGUUUGCCCUUGGCGGCGAAGAUGGUCACCUUGUGAUUGCGCUUGAUCGCAUGUAUCGGGUCACCUUGAAUGACGACGGGACAGCAACGGUGCAACCUGGGGCAAGACUCGGCCAUGUUGCUGUGGAAUUGUUCAACCAGGGCCGCAGAGCCAUCGCUCAUGGAUCAUGCCCUGGUGUUGGCAUUUCCGGCCACAGCUUGCACGGUGGCUAUGGGUUUGCUUCACGAACUCAUGGUCUCGCUGUGGACUGGUUGAUCGGUGCAAAGGUAGUUCUUGCCGAUGGCUCUCUUGUCCACUGCUCCGCGACCCAGAAUCAGGAUUUGUUCUGGGCGCUUCGUGGCGCUGGCUCAUCCUUUGGCAUCGUGGCGGAACUCGAGUUUGAUACCUUCGAAGCGCCCGACAAAGUCACACCCUUCAGCAUAGAAUUGAAUUGGAGUGAAGAUGAGGCGGUCGUCGGCAUCAAAGCCCUCCAGGACAUCGCGGCAGAUGCUUCCAAGGAAUUGAACAUGCAGAUUUACAUGGCGCCGGGAGGUCAGACCAUUCAAGGCGUGUACUACGGAGACCAGAAUGGCCUCAACGCAGCGCUUCGACCUUUGCUGGACGAUAUUGACACGCAGAUCUCAGAGGCGAGCACGAUAGGGUGGAUUGAGGGACUGGAGCAUUUCGCCGACGGCCAGGAACUCGACCAGACGUACCCUUACGAUGCGCAUACCACAUCAUAUAAGAGCAGCUUAAUGACGCAUGCCCUCACACAGGGCCAGAUUGAGUCGUUCAUGUCGGCCGUCUUCACGAAUCUGAACGACCCCUCGGCCCGUCAUUCGUGGUUCAUCCUCCUUAACCUCCACGGCGGAGCCAACUCAGUAGUCGCAGAAGUGCCCCCCUACGAAACCGCAUACGUGCACCGCGAUAAGUUGCUCCUGUACCAGUUUUCAGACCGUGGGUCCGACGGCGUGUACCCUGAAGAAGGGUUUGCCCUUCUCAAGGGGUUCAGGGAGAGCGUCACAGGGUCGAUGGCGGCCGGGGAGUGGGGCAUGUAUGCGAACUAUCUGGAUACCGAAUUGGAUUCCGAGACUGCGCAGAAGCUGUAUUGGGGAGAUAACCUGCCGAGACUGCGGCAGAUCAAGGCCGCGGUGGAUCCGGGUGAUGUUUUCUGGAACCCUCAAGGAGUCCGCCCGGCAAUAUGA